AUGCCUGAAGUUAGCAUUCCGCUAGGUCUCUGGACGUCCGCUAUUAGAGAGAGAGGUGGUGUAUAUCCUCCCCUAGGCCUACCAUCUCUUCCGCGGCAACCAGCAGAGUACAUUGUCAUAUACGCAGCUGUGGAAAGAGAACAAUUACCUCCUAAGACGAAGUGCGACAAUCUGCAGAUGGGUGAUGUCAGUCGCAAGGAGGAGGAGGGAGGAGGAGGAAAAGGAAGCCUUCAGUUGAAUGGAGAGAAGGAGCAGGAACGUAUACAUACGUUACUCGCCAUCACAGAGCCGGUGACUCUACCUAGUCUCCCCACCGAAGAGAACUCUGUCCAGAGUUCGUUACACGAUCUUCCGCAGAUGCCGGGCGCUAUGAGAUGUUCCACACCCGUUGCCGCGAGAUGUCGGAGAUUUGCCGACACUUACAAGGACAGCAAGAGUGAUGAGGAAGAGGCAGGAGAUCUCCUGGCGGAACCCGGCGUACGCCCGCUCUCGGACAGCGAUGGGGACCUGCUCUCCGACGCCGGGACGCCGCCGAUCGACGCUCCGCACGAUGUCUCGGAACGCAGCGACGCCUCUAGUGAGAUGCUGAGCGAUGCGACGGACGACGGUCCCACGGCGCCACCUGGCGAUGAUGACGAGAGGCUGAUUCGGCCGUCGGGUGCACAAUCGUUCAUGGAGCUCGUCGAACUGAAGCUGAAAGAGCAGGACGGGCAACCUCCAACGGAAAGCGUAGCGAAAUCCACCACGCUGCCAAAGAGAAGUUUUCUUCGCAAGGGCGCGGGACUGGAGAGGUUCGGAAUGGGGCGGCGACCGACCACGGUUGCCGUGUCUCGUCCCGGGAGGCAGCCGCCUGCGAAGACAUCGGCCACGAAGCCUCCCCUCGGUGAUCUGCGGACGAGGAAGCUGCGUCUUGACGAUUCACGGGAUGAGAAGCCACCCUCGGGUCGGGGGAGGACGGAGGCGGGCCGACCCCCGAGUCUCGCGACGGGUCGACCCCCAAGUCUCGUGGCGGGCCGACCCCCGGGCCUCGCGACAAGUCUCCGUCUGCUCCCGAUGACGCGGAAAUCCGCUCCGCCGGAGAGUGAGGGAGGUCGCGAGAAUGUCGUCACGGGCAGCGAACGCGUCGCACCAGCAGCCGUGCGGAUGCAGGACAUAGCUCCUCCCACAGGCCAUGAGACUAAGGCCUCACCCAGCUGGGAGUCUUCCCCAGGAAUGCAAGAACAAGAUGUGCUGUCCUCUAUGGAGCUGGACUUCCGGCGCCCCCUGCAGGAGGCAGAACGAAACCAACAGAUAGAAGUUGAAGACAUUGAGGAGUUUGAGAGGCUGGAGAGAGCAGCAGACGACAACAUAUCACUUUCGAGUAACUGCUCGCUGGUCGUAAGAAUGUUGACCAGGGCGAGAGAGAACAGCCAGCAGGCAACAGUAAGGCAUCUGGCGGCCGUGGGGGAGGACCAGGUGACGACGCCCCCCUCACCAGACCUCGACGAAUCAUUGCGCGACCUGGAUGACACGCUCACCAAUCAGACGUCGGCCGACGACGGAGAGGUGCGCACGCGCGUGAUGAAACGCUUCAUCUCCCGAAAGCGACCGAGCGAUGGCGAGACAGCCUGCAGGGGGGGCGGCAGCCACGAGGUGGCGCCAACGUGGGAGAUACGCGGCCCGACGGACGAGCUCCCACACGUGGACCAAUCAGACGCCGCGUCCUGCAGCGAUGGCCAAUCGGAGCGCUUGUUUGAGGCGGACGUGGAAUCGGAUGCUGAGGCCGAUAUCUCGGACGGAUUGAGCGACAUCGUCAAUGAUGGGAACGACAAUGAUGAGCAUAGAGCCAGCGAGGGAGAGGUUGCUGCCGGUUCCGCGGCGACAGAUUAUGCUGUGACGGCCCAACACCGCGAUAGUUUCAGUGACAGCAGCUCUUGGGGAGAAACCAGCACGGUUGCCAUGGCGAACCUCGACAACAGCAGCUUGUCGGAGGCUGCAGAUGCGAGCGAGACUGCCUCGGCGUUCACUGCUCCGGCGAUGCUGUUUAGCAACCUCAGGAAACCGCCAGUGCAGGCUCACAAACACACGCCAACGAGCACACAGAUGGUAACAUACAUAAUGAACGUGGAUUAUCAUGUGAGAUAG